AUGACGAGCUUCACGACACUGUGCGGUCUGGUUUUUCUUUUAAUUGGUGUGGGUGGUAUGAAAUGCUGUAUGACAGCAUUUGACGUGGAAAUAGUCAUCGGAAAUAGUCAAAACGUAACGUCAACACAGGUGCACGGAUUCUGUAGUACGUUAUACUAUUCCAUACACUUAGGCGUGUUAUUCGGUAUGAUUAUUUCGCCAGCCACGAAAAAAAUUGUAUCGUUCAAAGGACACAAUUUCGAUAAAUAUUCUAUGCGAUUUGGACUGGUGGUCAUCAUCGCGAUGUCAAUCUCAAUUGGCGUACUUGUUUGUGGAAGCCUAUACUUAUUCAAAAAAUCGUUUACUAGUAUUCUAUCUAAAAUGAUAAAAUGUAUUUUAGUUUCUUUGUGGAAACGAUUAAAAUCACGCUGCAAUGAUACAAAAAAUAAACAUUGGUUAGAAUUAGCAAAAGAUUCAUUUUCAAACGAAAUUAUAGAUGACACGAAGAAAACGUUACGCUUACUUUGUCUUUAUAUACCUUUAUCGGUAUUUUGGAGCUUAUUCGACCAACAACAUACAACUUGGAUUUUUGAACCAUCACGGACAAGCGACCAUUUAAUUGUCAUAACAUUUAAAGUGUACAUGCUAAAAGUGGUAAAUCCCUUGCUCGUGCUGUUUACUAUUACAUUUAUGAACCGUAUGAAGUCAAUUGUAAUAUCACUAAUGGAAAAUAGUUUAUUUAAUGAAGAUAACGGUUUAUGUAACUCGCCUUCAGCAGUGCUUAUGCCAGGAAAUGUGUACAUGAAUUCAGAAAAAAAGCACUCAUACAUGAUACAGUAA